GGACGUAUGAGGACUGUGCACGAGGACAUCUGGGGACGUAUGAGGACUGUGUACGGGGACAUCUGGGGACGUAUGAGGACUGUGUAUGGGGACAUCUGGGGACGUAUGAGGACUGUGCACGAGGACAUCUGGGGACGUAUGAGGACUGUGUACGAGGACAUCUGGGGACGUAUGAGGACUGUGCACGAGGACAUCUGGGGACGUAUGAGGACUGUGCACGAGGACAUCUGGGGACGUAUGAGGACUGUGCACGAGGACAUCUGGGGACGUAUGAGGACUGUGCACGAGGACAUCUGGGGACGUAUGAGGACUGUGCACGAGGACAUCUGGGGACGUAUGAGGACUGUGUACGAGGACAUCUGGGGACGUAUGAGGACUGUGCACGAGGACAUCUGGGGACGUAUGAGGACUGUGUACGGGGACAUCUGGGGACGUAUGAGGACUGUGCACGAGGACAUCUGGGGACGUAUGAGGACUGUGUACGAGGACAUCUGGGGACGUAUGAGGACUGUGCACGAGGACAUCUGGGGACGUAUGAGGACUGUGUACGGGGACAUCUGGGGACGUAUGAGGACUGUGUACGGGGACAUCUGGGGCGUAUGAGGACUGUGUACGGGGACAUCUGGGGACGUAUGAGGACUGUGCACGAGGACAUCUGGGGACGUAUGAGGACGUAUGAGGACUGUGUACGAGGACAUCUGGGGACGUAUGAGGACUGUGCACGAGGACAUCUGGGGACGUAUGAGGACUGUGUACGGGGACAUCUGGGGACGUAUGAGGACUGUGUACGGGGACAUCUGGGGACGUAUGAGGACUGUGCACGAGGACAUCUGGGGACGUAUGAGGACUGUGUACGGGGACAUCUGGGGCGUAUGAGGACUGUGUACGGGGACAUCUGGGGACGUAUGAGGACUGUGCACGAGGACAUCUGGGGACGUAUGAGGACUGUGCACGAGGACAUCUGGGGACGUAUGAGGACUGUGUAUGGGGACAUCUGGGGACGUAUGAGGACUGUGCACGAGGACAUCUGGGGACGUAUGAGGACUGUGCACGAGGACAUCUGGGGACGUAUGAGGACUGUGUAUGGGGACAUCUGGGGACGUAUGAGGACUGUGUACGGGGACAUCUGGGGACGUAUGAGGACUGUGCACGAGGACAUCUGGGGACGUAUGAGGACUGUGCACGAGGACAUCUGGGGACGUAUGAGGACUGUGUAUGGGGACAUCUGGGGACGUAUGAGGACUGUGUACGAGGACAUCUGGGGACGUAUGAGGACUGUGCACGAGGACAUCUGGGGACGUAUGAGGACUGUGCACGAGGACAUCUGGGGACGUAUGAGGACUGUGUACGAGGACAUCUGGGGACGUAUGAGGACUGUGUACGGGGACAUCUGGGGACGUAUGAGGACUGUGUACGGGGACAUCUGGGGACGUAUGAGGACUGUGUACGGGGACAUCUGGGGACGUAUGAGGACUGUGCACGAGGACAUCUGGGGACGUAUGAGGACUGUGCACGAGGACAUCUGGGGACGUAUGAGGACUGUGUACGGGGACAUCUGGGGACGUAUGAGGACUGUGUACGAGGACAUCUGGGGACGUAUGAGGACUGUGUACGGGGACAUCUGGGAACGUAUGAGGACUGUGUACGAGGACAUCUGGGGACGUAUGAGGACUGUGCACCGUGAAAUCUGGGGACGUAUGAGGACUGUGUACGGGGACAUCUGGGGACGUAUGAGGACUGUGUACGAGGACAUCUGGGGACGUAUGAGGACUGUGCACGGGGACAUCUGGGGACGUAUGAGGACUGUGUACGGGGACAUCUGGGACGUAUGA